AUGGCUGAGCCACCAAGAGGGAACUUUUCGCACUUCCAAAGAGGCUGGCAGCGCCUUGAGUUGCACCUCGCAGCUCCAGGAGGCUCGUCCACCGUGAUCAAAGACGUUUGGCGGACUUGGAGCGAGAGGAGCAAAGCACGUCCUCCACCCCCAACUCCACUGGCACGUUGUCAAGAGUUUGCAUCGUGCGAGAGGUGGAGUUCUGUCAUCAUGAGGUUUGUGCUGUUGUUCAAUUCAAUUUGCAUUUUCCUGUUUUCCCAAGCAUUAGUAUCAUGGAGCAUACAAGAGCUACAUGUCAGCAAAGAAACCAUUGAGAAAAUUUCCGCCGCUGGCCAGUUGAUGAAUUGCUCAGCCCCUGCCGACAUCUUGUUUCUGUUAGACGGAUCUUACAGCAUUGGCAAAGGCAACUUUGAAAGGGCAAAAUAUUUAGCAAUCAAGCUUUGUGAGGCCUUGGACAUCAGUCCGGAAAAGGUCAGAGUGGGAGCAAUACAGUUCAGCAACACUCCUCACUUGGAAUUCUCCCUUGACGCAUAUUUCACCAAAAGGGAGAUAAAAGACAAACUCAAGAAGAUUGUGUUCAAAGGUGGAAGAACAGAAACAGGCCUUGCUCUGAAAUACGUUCUUCGGAAAGGAUUCCGUGGGGGAAGGAAUUCGUCGGUCCCCCAAAUCCUUAUCAUCCUAACGGAUGGCAGAUCUCAGGGCAAUGUGGUGAUACCAGCCAAGCAGUUAAAAGAAAGGCGGAUUGCAGUGUUUGCUGUGGGAGUCAGCUUCCCAAGAUGGGAAGAACUGCACACACUAGCCAGCGAGCCAACUGAAUGGCACAUGCUCUUUGCAGAAGACCCCGAGGAUGCCUCCAACGGCUUCUAUACCACCCUUACUGGUUCUGCGAUCUGUAAAGCUGCAUUUCCAGGUUGCAAGGCGGAAUCUCACCCUUGUGAACACAAAACGCUCGAGAGGGUAAAAGAGCUGGUUGGAAACUAUUUCUGUUGGAAGGGAUCAAAGAGCAAUCAUGUUGUGCACACAUCGCUCUGCCCUUUUUACAACUGGAGGAACAUUUUCAUCAAGUAUCCAUCUAGAUGUUACAGAACCAUGUGUCCAGAUCCUUGUGGUUCUCAGCCUUGCCAGAAUGGAGGCACAUGCAUUCAACAGGGAUUAGAAGGGUACCACUGUGUCUGCCCAGUUGGAUUUGGUGGAGAUGCUAAUUGCGCACCCAAGUUGAGUCUAGAAUGCAGCGUGGACCUUCUUUUUCUGGUGGACAGUUCAUCCAGCACCACCUUGGAAGGAUUCUUGCGCUAUAAAGCUUUCCUGAAAAGGUUUCUGCAAGCAGUGUGGAGUAGAGAGACCCCAGGGGAUGUGGGUGUGGCCCAAUAUAGCAAUGACGUCAAGGUGAUUGUGGGCAUGGGGGACCUCAGAGACGUGCUCAGCUUGGUGAAGGCCAUCGAUGCCAUGCAAUUCAGUGGAGGGAGCACCUUGACUGGAAAAGCUUUACGGUACAUUACACAACAUGGCUUUAAGAGUGCGCCAGUCUUCGCUGAUGUCCCUAACGACCUGCCCCAUGUGGUCAUCUUGCUCACGGAUUCAAAUGCUCAAGAUUCAGUGGUGGAAGCAGCUAAGUACAGCAGGGACCAAGACGUCUUUCUCAUUGGAAUUGGCAGUGAAUUUCUGAGAGCAGAACUAAAUGAUAUUACAGGGAAUCCAAAGAGGACCAUUGUGUACUCCACCCCACAAGAUCUAUUCAACAAGAUCACGGAACUGCAGAGAAAAAUCUGCAGUGUAGAGACCCAAGGCUGCCCAUCUCAGCCCUUAGAUUUGGUGUUUGCUUUGGAUUCCUCAGCUUCGGUUGGAAGGAAGAACUUUGUGCAGCUAAAAACCUUUGUCAGAAGCCUCUCGUUCCAGUUUGACAUCAAUCGGGACGUGACCCAGAUAGGCCUCGUGGUCUUUGGCAAAAGGCCCCAAACUGUUUUUGGGCUGGACACACAUGUAAGCAGUUCAGCUCUCCAUGAAGCCAUCAAUCAAGCUCCCUUUGUGGGUGGCUCCGGUUCAGUCGGCAGUUCCUUGCUGCACAUUUAUGAUGAUGUCAUGACAGUCCAAAAAGGAGCCAGGCCAGGCGUGAAGAAGGUCGUGGCAGUGAUCACAGGUGGGACUGGAGUGGAGGAUGCUGUCGUCCCUGCUCAGCAACUGCGUAAUAACGGUGUAUCACUGCUUGUCAUUGGCAUGGAACAUGACCCGACGGGCUCAUUACUGAGGAUUGCAGGUUCUCACAAGAACCUGCUGAGGAUGUCCUCUUAUGAAGAUCUCCAAAAUCACGAAGGCCUUAUCAUUGAAAGACUUUGUGAUGAGGCUCAGAAGCCAGUGAACCUCUGCGUACCCAACCCCUGCAUGAAUGAUGGAGCUUGUGUUCCUGGGAAUGGCAGCUACUGGUGUCGGUGCCAAGGCUGGGAAGGACCUCACUGUGAAAAUAGAAUUCAUAGGGGUGACACUUCACACUCACGGAUGCCCCCGGCAAUGGUCUCUGCUCAACGGAACCGACGCGGUUGGCGGCAGCUGUAUGGAAAUCGCCAGCAUUCCAAAAGGCGCAGGCAACAGUCUCCGUGA